AUGGCAUUAGCAGCAACAACAUGCUGGUUUAUUUGGAAAGAAAGAUGCCUUGGAGUCUUUGAAGAUAAAGCUAGAUCACCUGAACAACUAGCUAUAGCUAUUACCAGACAUUUUGCUUACUGGCACCCAGAAAGAAAAGCCAAGACAACUGAAAUUAGCUGCACUAUUCUAAACAUGAACAUUUCUUGGAACUUACCUGUUGUUAACACUUUUAAACUUAACUGUGAUGCUUCUUGGUUGUCUGAACUUACUAAUGCUGGUUUUGGUCUUAUCAUCCGUAACUGGACAGGUACCUUCCAAGCAGCAGAAAUUGGAUGCUGCAGGACCUUCUCAGCUGAAGAGGUAGAAGUUGUAGCUCUGCUAAAGGCAACACAAUGGGCCAUCAGAAACAAUAUGCAAAAUCUGGUCAUAGAAGGGGAUAAUCAGGCAACAAUAUGGUAUCUUCAAGGAAAUAAAGUGAAUGUUCAAUUGCAAUGCGUAGCAAUAUUAGAAGAAGUUAGAGUAUUAACAGAUCAACUAGUUUCAUUUCUAGGAUUUCAGCAUGUAGAUAGAAGAGCAAACAAGGUGGCAAACUUAUUGGCCAAAAAGGGGAGAAGCUCAAGCAGCACAGUUUCUUGGAAUGAUUAG